AUAAUACUAUGAUUACUACAGUAUAUAUGUAGCUCGCCGUAGCAUUCCAGUCAUUUACCAACCUGUAAGGAUACGUACAGAACAAACCAACAUAUCCAUCCGAAAAAAUGGCGUUACCACAAUUUACAGCUAAAGACGUAUGGCUUGCAGCACGUAAUGAACAAUGGGAUGAACUUGAACGAAUAAUCGAAUCCAAGCCACAACUGAUCAACGAGAGCCAUGGCAGCGUGACGUCAUUAUAUCUCAUUGUGGUCUUUUACGCGCCUUGUGACCUCGUCGAAGUUUGUUUGAAAUUUGCAACGAGUGAAUGCGUAGACUACAUGGACCCGGUAAGUAGAAUUAUGUAUCAUUACAAUUACUACAUUACCACGCAAAACACAACAAUACAGGACCUCUAUACAAAACAUACUAUACAAGUGCUACUUUACAUCAAUUCUUACCUAAUAUCGACAAUUUUUAACAUUUAA